GUUCUUGUCUCCACCUUCUGCUCUGGAAAUCUGAUUAUUAAACCAGUCAAGUUGGUUUGAGUGAAAGUGAAAAUCCAUUUUGCAAUGAAAGGACUGUAAAAGGUUUCAGGAGAAAAACGCAAAGAGACACGACCUCCAAAAUGAGUGUUUCUGGGGAACAGGACACAAAGAAAGAUGAGAGUCUGAUUCAGGGUAAGAGAUCAGACUCACCUGAACCCAGCUGUGUGUCCAUGAAGAGUGACUGGUCAGUAGAGCGUCCAAUACACUUUAGAGACACAGACUGUGCUCCUGAUCUGAGACCACAGAAGAACACAUCAAAAAUCGCUGAGAAGAGUCAUUUGGAGGCCAUAUUCAAGGAUCUGGAGCACAAAUUCAUCACUGUGAUAAAGAAGGAGCUGAAGAGGUUUAAGAAGCUCCUGAGUCCAGAUUCCCCAGCAUGCUCUGAGAGAGAGGUGGAGGAUGAGGAGGAUCAGAGCAGUGUCAGAGAGGGAGUGCUGAAGAUCACACUGCACUUCCUGAAGAACAUGAACCACCCAGAUCUCGCUUACACACUGAAGAACAAACACAUCUCUGUGUAUCAGCAAAAACUCAAAUCCAAACUGAGAGAGAAAUGUAAAAGAAUUAAUGAAGGAAUCUCACAGCAUGGAAGCUCAGCUCUUCUGAAUGAGAUCUAUACAGAGCUCUACAUCACAGAGGGUUGGAGUGGAGACGUCAAUAAAGAACAUGAGGUGAGACAGAUUGAGACGGUGUCCAGGAGACCAGCAACACAGGAGACACCCAUCAAAUGUAGUGAUCUCUUUAAAGACACAUCCAUCAAAAGUGUGCUGACUAAAGGAGUUGCUGGAAUUGGAAAAACAGUCUCUGUGCAGAAGUUCAUUCUGGACUGGACUGAAGGAGAAGCGAAUCAGGACGUCACCUUCAUGUUUCCACUUCCCUUUAGAGAGCUGAAUCUGAUGAAGGAGAGAAAUCUCAGUCUGAUGAAUCUUCUUCAUCACUUUUUCCCAGAAAUGAAAGAAUUACAAAUAAUAGACUGUGAUAUGAACAAAGUCCUGUUCAUAUUUGAUGGUCUGGAUGAGUGUCGACUUCCUCUAAAUUUCCACAACAACAAGAGAUUGUGUGAUGUGACAGAGUCGGCCUCAGUGGAUGUGCUGAUGACAAACCUCAUCAAGGGGAAUCUGCUUCCCUCUGCUCUCCUCUGGAUAACCUCUCGACCAGGAGCAGCCAAUCAGAUCCCUCCUGUGUGUGUACACCAGGUAACAGAGGUACGAGGGUUCAGUGACCCUCAGAAAGAACAGUACUUCAGGAAGAGGAUCAGUGAUCAGAGUCUGGCUAAUAAAAUCAUCACACACAUGAAGACUUCAAGAAGCCUCUACAUCAUGUGCCACAUCCCAGUCUUCUGCUGGAUCUCAGCCACUGUUCUCGAGAGAAUGUUGGGUGAAGCAGAGAGUGGAGAGAUCCCCAAGACUCUGACUCAAAUGUUCACACGCUUCCUGAUCUUUCAGAUCAAACACAAGUUCCAAAAGUUUGAUCAGAAAUGUGAGCCUGAUCCUCAGCAGAUCAGAGAGAGUAUCCUGGCACUGGGAAAACUGGCUUUCCAACAGCUGGAGAAAGGAAACCUGAUCUUCUAUGAGGAAGACCUGAGAGAGUGUGGCAUUGAUGUGAGAGAAGUGUCAGUGUACUCAGGAGUGUGUACCCAAAUCUUCAGAGAGGAGUUUGGGCUUCACCUGGGGAAGGUGUUCAGCUUUGUACAUCUGAGUGUUCAGGAGUUUCUGGCUGCAUUAUAUGCAUUUCUGUCCUUCCUCAGCAGAAAUGUAACAGAACAACAAACCACUGAUCUGUCUGAUCUUUUCAGCAAGUCAAACAUGUCUGAUUUCCUCAGGAGUGCAGUGAACAAGGCCUUACAGAGUGAGAAUGGACACCUGGACCUGUUCCUCCGCUUCCUUCUGGGUCUCUCACUGGAGUCCAAUCAGACUCUCUUACAAUACCUACUGCCCCAGACAGGAAGCAGCUCUCACAGCCAACAGGAAACAGUUGAGUACAUCAAGGAGAAGAUCAGGGAGAAUCCAUCUCCAGAGAAAUCCAUCAAUCUGUUCCACUGUCUGAAUGAACUGAAUGAUCAUUCUUUAGUGCAGGAAGUACAACAUUACCUGAAGAGUGGAGAUGUGUUGUGUCUCAGAGGAGUCAAACUCUCUCCUUCUCAGUGGUCAGCUCUAGUUUUUGUGUUGCUGACCUCAGAAGCGAAUCUGGAGGAAUUUGAUUUGAAGAAAUACGACCCAUCCGAGGAAUGUUUUCUGAGACUGGUGCCAGUGGUCAAAGCUUCCAAAAAAGCUGUUCUGUGUGGGUGUAAUCUGACAGAGGAAAGCUGUCGAGUUCUGUCCUCAGUUCUCAGCUCAAACUCCUCCAGUCUGAGAGAACUGGACCUGAAUACCAAUAACCUGCAGGAUUCAGGAGUGAAGCUGCUCUCUGCUGGACUAAAGAAUCCACACUGUACACUGGAGAUACUGAGUCUGUGGAAUUGUGAUCUAACAGAGGAAAGCUGUAGAGUUCUGUCCUCAGUUCUCAGCUCAAACUCCUCCAGACUGAGAGAACUGGACCUGAGUAACAAUAACCUGCAGGAUUCAGGAGUGAAGCUGCUCUCUGCUGGACUGGAGAAUCCACAUUGUACACUGGAGAUACUGAGUCUGCGUGCAUGUAAACUGAGAGAGGAAAGCUGUAGAGUUCUGUCCUCAGUUCUCAGCUCAAACUCCUCCAGUCUGAGAGAACUGAACCUGAAUACCAAUAACCUGCAGGAUUCAGGAGUGAAGCUGCUCUCUGCUGGACUGGAGAAUCCACACUGUACACUGGAGACACUGAGGUUGUGUGGCUGCAGUAUUACUGGUGAAGGUUGUGCUGCUCUGGUUUCAGCUCUGAGGUCAAAUCCCUCAUCACACCUGAGAGAACUGAAUCUGAACUGCAAUAAACCAGGAGAAUCAGGAGUGAAGCUGCUCUCUGAUCUACUGAAGGAUCCACACUGUACACUGGAGACACUACAGUUCAGGACCGUUUUCUAAUCUGAACAUUCACUGAAACUCUUGACUUGAUCUGCAUGAUUUUAUACUUUGUGUUGCUGCCACAUGAUUGGUUGAUUGGAUAACUGAAUUAUGGGCAGGUGUAGACCCCGAAGCUGUUUGUUUUCAGGAUAAUGGCUGGCUGAUGAAAUUAUUGGCUGGCUAGCUGACUCAGCCAAAACCUUAAUGGCUGCUGCAGCCACCAAAAUGUUUAUGGCUACAAAUGGCUGAUACUGGACGUCACUGUGUGGCAUAUAUCCGGGCGAACGGAUCAAACAAAUGGGGGGAAUAAAUAGCAAAUUACCACAGGUCCCCUGGUCUCUUACUUCAUUGUAAAUAUAAAUCUAGCAAGAUUGUAGUUCAAUGCUAAUAAUAAGCUAAUCUGGAUUGUUCGAGGAAGGCAUCUAGCUAUCUACUCUCACUAGCAAUGACCAGUGAAGGACUGGCAGCUAUCUUACUAUGAUGAAAGUAGAGUGGUGGAGUACUUUUUUUUUAUCAAUCUCAAAGUAUGUGAAACAAACAAACAAACAAAAAAAAAUACCUUUACACUUUCCCUCAGCAGCAGCAAAGAAUGCAGCCAUCUCGUCGAUAUCGGAGUUGAUUGAUGCUCUGGGUGGGUUCCCGGGUUCCCCAGUGUAUCGUGGUAACAGUUUGAGGGGCGGGAAGCCAGACAGGUAGUCACAACGGCAAGCUUGUGGUGGCUCUCUGUGCUGUGAUAUCAGUUCUAAAUCUCUACAGUGUAUGCCUAUACGUCUCUAUUGUGUUACUACUAGUGUGUACAGUUGAUCAUGUUUGUGUCACUUUUCUUGUAGCUCAUGAUGUGGAUAAACCCAUUAUUUGAUGUACACAAUUCUUAGUGGCUCAGCCAAAUUUUAUUAGAUAGCGGCUCAAAUUGGCUUACAAAAUUAUUGGCUGGCGGCGGCUCAAAUUCUAAAUGGCGGUUUUAGCGGCGCCUUCGGGGUCUAGGCAGGUGUACAGGUGUUCCUAAAAAAGUGGACAGUGAGUGUGUGUGACUGUUACUGUUUUAAAAGGAUGAUGAUAGUGGUUAAGAUUUUGCGUUUCCAAUACUCUGUUUUUUACUUAGAUGAUGUACAUAUCAGGACUAUAAACAUGAAGCAGCGGAGAUAAAUAAACUGAAGUUUGAGAAUAGUUUGACUUUUACAAAAUAAAGAGAUUAUCUGGAAAAAGGGCUGUUUCCAGAACAGGGUUUAAAUUAAGGCAUGAGUUGGCAGGGUGGACUGAAAUAAUAAUUCAGGCCAGGAAUUUAACUCCAUCCCAGGCCACCCUGUUCACACAAACCACCAGACCGCUAAUUCUGUAGGCUAACCAUGGACUUCAUUUUGGUUUGAAAAGUUCUGGGGACACAGAUGGGACUUUACAUGAUCCUACCUGUCACUGGCCUAUUGCAUUGUCUUCCUCUGCUAUUACGAUGAGCAUAACCAGGCCCGGCCCUUACCAAUUCGACACCCUAGGCAAGAUUUUAGGUGGCGCCCCCUCCCCAACACCAGUUAAAGCCACUGAUAGUGUAUCUAUACCUACAAGAAAUGGAAUAGCUUUGUCUUAAAACAUUCUUUUAUUUAAACAAAAAAAUUGCACGUUCAAAAUACUUAAUUAAAGGCAUUAAAUAAAGAAAUUGCACAUUCAAAAUAUUUAAUACUGAAUUAAAGAAACAAAUACAAAAUAUGAACUGAAUAUAUGAAACAUAAUAUAAAUGGCUUACAUAAAGUAUUACAUUUACAGUACUCCCAAAAUAAAAAAUGUAAACAAGUGUUGUAAUUCGUAAAUGCAAUAUAAAUAAGGCAUUGCACAAAAUAAGAUAUUAAAGAAACCAGUGUGCAUGAAAAAUACAAGGAUUUAAAUAAAAAUAAAAAAAUAUAAAAUUGUGAUAUUAAAAAGACCUCUAGUGGUGUUUUUUGGUACUGCCUUCAACUUCAACUAUUGAAAAACUAAAUGUAGAACAGGGGGAAAAAACUGUUGAUAUGUAACUAUAUGUGUAUAUGUUGAUAUUGAAUAUAGUACAAGGGAAAUACUAGUUUACUAUAUGUUAUGUUGUGCUGCUUUCCUAUUUUUUUCUCUCAGCACUUUGAUGUCUGUCCUGUCUCUGUCCACGUAUGGGAGAGUGAAAAACGUAAUUUCAGCUCCUUUGUAUGACUGGUGCAUGUGAGGAAAUUGACAAUAAAAGUUGAACUUGAACAACA